ACUGUGGGCGAAUACGAGUGUUGUUCAUUAGCAUGUAACAGGAGUUAGACCUAUAGAGCGCUGUGUUAUUAUGGAGGAUAAACGUGGAGGAGGAGGCGGAUGCUUGUGAAAGCCACCUAUGCUGGUUAUCUUUGCCUCUCUGUGAUGCUGAACGCGGCCGAGUCCUGAACGCUUCUGUGCUCACUGCGCAGGUCCACUCCACUGCGGUAACGUCCUCUAUGAGAUAAGUAGUGCACUAGAUGUUUAAUUGAGUGAGGUUUGGGAGGCGUCCAUGGCGCGUCACGUUGUCUCAGCUCACUCCUAGCUUUGUAAUUUUGAUCUUUUGAUUUGUUUCUCUUUUUUUAUUUACAUUUUUUAAUACCGUGUGGAAACUCCAUUUAGACUCACGUGGACUCCAAUCAAGGAAUUAAUGAAGCUGUCCCAUCUGAGGCUGCAAUGCAGAAACAAACACCAUGGUUUUGCUCCGUCAACACUUCACGUUACUGCUGAUUCCUUCAGGGCGUUUCUGCCAACUUUAAGAUAGACGAAGAAGCAGAGCAGUAUUGCAAGGACCAUGCUCAGCUUCCUAGCAGUCGGCUCCGUAUUCUUCCCAGGCCUUUUCCUGCUGUUUAAGCGAUGUCUGAAACAAGCGCCAAGGCUGAAGUGGAGCGAGGCCGACGCCGUCAUCGUCUCCGCAAGGCUAGUGUCUUCCAUUCAAGCAGUCCUGGCUUCCUCAGCUGGGUUCAUCAUUGCAUCAUCUUGUGAAGACAUCAUUGAGGACCAGCACUGGCUCACUAGCACCUACAUCCUGUUUGCCGUCCCUUACUUUAUCUAUGACAUCUACGCCAUGUUCCUGUGCUACUGGUACAAGAUACAAGUCAAAGGUCAUGAGGAGGAUGCACCAAAAAUCAGCACGGUGAUUCGCAGCUACCUGUGGCGAGAGUUUCUCAUGGUGCUUCAUCACGUUGUCAUGGUUACUGUCUGCUUCCCUGUGUCUGUGUUCUGGCGACAAGGAAAGGGGGAUUAUUUCCAAGGUGUCAUGUUCCUAGCUGAACUCAGCACUCCGUCUGUUUGUCUGGGAAAAGUACUCAUUCAGUACAAGCAGCAGCACACGCUCCUUCAUAAAGUUAAUGGAGCACUCAUGCUGAUAACUUUUUUCGUCUGUCGAGUUCUUCUCUUCCCCUACCUAUACUACGCCUAUGGCAGGUAUGCGGAUAUCCCCCUGUACAAGGUGCCGCUGUCCAUUCCGUGGCAGUAUAACAUGGGUGCUGCUCUGCUCAUGGCUCCGCAGGUGUACUGGUUCGGUCUGAUCUGCAGGGGAGCCUUUCGCCUCUUCACCCGGGCCUCUCGCCAUCAUCGUCGCGCAGUCAGUAGGGACUCCGAGCCCAAAACCCCUAUCAUGCCCCCAGCCAAUGGCUACAGUCCCUGUGACACAGAAAGAGAGCCUAACACGCACUGAGAGACACAGAGGGGCUGGAAGUGAAAGAUUGUUUAGAGGUUGUUUUUAGGCCUCAAAUAAUAAUGGGAAACCUGAGGUUAAAUACUAAUAUAUUACAAAUAGUAAAUGUCUUGCUGCCCCAUUAGGUGGUGGAAGAUAAAAGACAACGGCAGAGAAAUCAGAGGGAGAACGAGACAGAGAGUCUGAAGAUGAUCGUCUCCAUUCUUUGUUUCCCUCUGAGGAAUUGCAAGAGCAUGCUAGUAAAGCCUGUUUCAUACUCCUAAUGUAAAACCUCCAGAUGCGAACAGACGUUCGGAUUGUAUUCUUCAUCCCAGUUAUAUAUUCCUUGACUGAAUUUCAAACCGUUGGGGAAGGGGUAUGUAAUAUAAUGUACACAAGCACUUAUCAUUUGUACAUGACCAUUCUCAUACUAGUUUGCAGAAACAACAGAUGAAAGCUGCGGGCAUGUUCGUAUUCCAAACUACUAAACCACCAUUAACAGAAAUGUGAUGAGCGAGUGAUGGAGAGAGGAUACUCUCUCUCUCUUUAGUUUCUCCUUCCUAGUCCACUCUCUUUGACUGUUCAGUUUAUUAUUUCAUAGAAAGAAAAGGGAACAGCUUUUCUGUCAGGGUGUACAGCAAAUGUCUAGUGUCAAUUUCUUUAGUUUGAAUUAUUUAUUUUGAACGAAUUAUUAUUUAUGUUCAAUGUUUUGAGUUGAAUUAUUACCCACCUAAUUUAUCUGCUUUUAUAAUUUAUUAUGACCGGAUCACAUAUAAACUAAUAACUGCCUCUAAUUUGACUUCAGAAAAGGAAAAAAAAUAUCGAUAAAAAAUUCUAUAGUCUCUCCAGAGUCAGGCUUUUCACCCCGAGCCCUUUCUCUAAAGCACCGAGGGGAGCUCCAGGGGUUUUCGAAAGCCCCAUUGCACCUGUUAUAAUAUGAAGCUUCUGUUACCGUUUUCAGUGAUCACGACCUACAUAUUGAGCUUAAAAUAACCUAGCAGGGCUUUGGUGUUGAAGUUCGAAGGACUGUUGACACACUGCCUUUAAACUUCUGCUUCGGGUUCACGCUUUGCUUUUCUCACCAUAAUGUUAUUCGGACCAAAAGAGUAAUAUAUGGGAGAUCGGCAAGGCAGCAUGUACUGUUACGUUAUAUGUGUGCUUCAGGAACAGACGUUAAAUUGUGAUGGGUGCUGGGCAGGUCUCUGCACCACUGAGCUGCUAGCAGGAAAUACACUGCACUGCAAUGAAGGAAAGGACUUUGCACAUUUACUGGAUCAAAGUUCCUUAAAGGAAUACUCCUGCAUUUUUUCAACCUAUUCACUGUUCACACUAUCUGUAGCGCAUGUGCAGUUUCCAUGGACAAGAUGUUUUCCUGUACUAAGAAAAGAACGGAAAACAUGUUGACUCAACUAACUUAUAAUGGACGUCUUAUAAUGGACAGCCAGUAACACAACCGUUACACUCUGUGGAUGAGACAGACAUCAGAGAAACCAUUAGACUGUUAAAGACUGUUCUUUUGUAGCUGUAUACAACACUCAGUUGCUGGAGCACUUCAUUUUCAACUGAACAAUGUAUGAAAGCGUAUGUAUUUAUUGAAAUAAUUCAAUGACUAUAGAAAUGACUGUGGUAAACACACAUGCUACAGAUGCCAUGGAUAGAGAUUAACUUGGAAAAACACAGAAGUAUUCCUUUAAGUUUUAACCACUGCUACAUUUUAUUAUUUAUUAUAUCAUUUGACUUAUUUAUUCCAUGUACUGAAUGCCAUCUAUGUAGCUAAAUGGCUUUCUUUUAAUUCAUGGACAGGUGAUAAAUUGAAGUAAAAAACGAAUAUAGAGUUUCUUAGUGAGGUGUUAAACCACCAGGUGAGCUUCAGUGCACCUUGGCAUUGAUCCUACACGUCUCUGGAACUGUACUUUAGGGAUGAUCAUGAACACCACUCUUCUAAAAGAUAUUCCUUCAAUUAGUGUUUUGAUGAUGAUGGUGGAGAGCAUGAGCACGCUGGUCCAAAGUCUCCUAUAGGCGUUCAAUUGGGUUGAGAUCUGCAGACUGUGAAGGGCAUAACAUAUGAUUUACAUCAUUUUUCAUCCCCAUCAGACCAGUGAGUCCUCAUGCUCUAUGGAUUGGGGUGUGGUCAUCCCAGAAGAGACCACUCCUGUCAGGAUAGAAUUGUUUCGUCAGUGGAUAAAGUUGAUCAAUCAGGACAAGUUUGCAUUAAUUUCCAUUUCCCUCUAAGGGGGCAUGUGGAAUCAAACCAUGCAUAACAGAGCCUCUGGUUUUUCCUUUAAUUUGUCACCUGUAUGUACUAUGAUUGGAUAGUUCUGUCCAUUGGAACAUGAACAGCAUUGCCAUGUUUGAAAGGAAAUCAUAAACCCUACAUGGAUCUCAUUAAUAGAACAGGUUUACUAUUGUAGAGCUUCCAGUCUGAGCUCUGUUAUGCUGUGCCCUGUCUGUUUGCAGAAUGACAAGGGACCCUCUAUAGGGGGAAAGAAAUGGAGUGUCAAGUGAAUGGGGGGGG